AAUGGGCGAGCAUAAUCUUCUUAAUCCCGGGUUUGUGGGACCUUUGGUAAACAUCCACACUGGAGACACUUUUUACUUUCCGAAUUUCCGAGCCUCGGGGGGACAACUGGCGGGGCUACCAUCUCUCCCCUACCCGAGAAGGGACAAUGUUUGCUCCCUCCCGUGGAACCCAUCCGAGCCCUGCAAUGGAUACUCUCAAUCCUAUUUUAGCAGCCCCGUGUCUAUUAACCCUUCUUUCAACCGGUCGUGUGAAAUUACUCGGCCGGAGGAGAGUAAAUGUUAUUAUAGCAACGGCAGCAGAGAGAGCUGUUCAGGUGGUGGCGGGAGCAGCCUAAAGCGAGAGGAUAAAGCGAGGGACACUUCGUCAUUCAUAACAUCUGAUCACGGGAUGCACUCUGGCAUGGGCAGCAAUAACAUUGGUGCAUUUUCUAAGUAUAAUUAUGGGACCGAGCAACUCAUUCAAGACCCGCCAUCCUGCCAAUCUCUGGAAUCCGAUUCCAGCUCCUCGCUUCUCAACGAGGGCAGCAAAACAUCCUCCAGCGACCCUCAGACCCUUCUGUCACCAGGAAACCACACCGCCCACUCGGGCAACAUAGCUGCAUGCGGAGGUGCCCCGUGGUACCCGAUGCACACUCGGACCCGAAAGAAACGCAAGCCCUACUCCAAGCUCCAACUGGCCGAACUGGAGGGCGAGUUCAUGCUGAAUGAGUUCAUCACCAGACAGCGGCGGAGGGAGCUGUCUAACCGCCUCAACCUCAGCGAUCAACAGGUUAAAAUCUGGUUCCAGAACCGGCGUAUGAAGAAGAAGAGACUGAUGAUGAGGGAGCAAGCUAUGGCCUUCUUUUAAAUUUCGUAGAGACGUGGCACCAUAAGGAUAAUCGAUUGACAGGCAGUGUUUCUCCUGUCUGCAAUUGCUAUAAAUGCAUGCAUGCACCCCCCUAGACUACUCUCGCUCCAUCUCCAUCAGAAAGUGCAACAUAUUUCAGGUGUAGGCCCUAAGGAAAACGACCAAGUGAUACUGCUGCGAUAACUUAGAAUAUCUGCAGAGUUAUGCAGGAUAGUACUACCAUAGUGUUGUGGUAAAACACCUAUAGCCUACAGACGUUAAUCAACUGUAAGAUGAUAUUAUUGCGUCCCGGAUAGGCCUAAAGGGCGGAAUUAGUGCAUGAUGUCCAUGACUGGUGUAAUUUCCUAAGCCCUUGAAAAUGAAUAAUUUCUUUUGAUAAAUGACUUGAAAACUAAAUUAACUAAAUUAAAAGCAAUAUAAUAAACACGAGGCCAGAGUUUGUGAUAAACCUAUCAGGCCAAUUCUUUACCAAUGUACCUGAAUCCCAUUUACGUGCAUUCAUUGUUACUGGCAAAGUAGAUUGGUUAAGACGAACGACAUUGGUUAAGACGAACACAAUGCCCUUAUCUGCUUUCUCUAGUUCCCUGCCAUGUGUUUCGGCACGUUCACGGUCACGAGCAAGGAGUCAGACUCCAAGCCGCAAAUCAGAGGAUCUUAAACCUCCAUGCCAACCUCUCUAUGGCUGCAGCGCUUUGAAAUAUUAUUUGCCAUGAAUUCGUUCAUGUGCUGACAACUUUCUCAAGAUAUUUGAUAUCC